UCCGCCCGUCAAUUCCAACAGACCCUGGCAUGCUUCCAGUACUCAGACGCCGCCGUCAUGGCUGACCCGCUGGCUAUCCUCGGCGCCGCGACGGCUGGGAUCCAGCUCUGCAUUGGCGCCGCCAAGUCGGUCCUGACCGUGGUGAAGCUUCUCCAAGAGCUUGCAGAUGCCCCGAAGGAAGUAGCCGAAAUCAUUUCAGAUCUCACGCUCGUCGAGAGCCUCGUCAGCGACCGGUUGACCAUUGCCGGCGACCUCACGCCAGAGCAGCACGCCCGGCUUUCACUCCCUGCUGCUGAGCUAAGAAAGGCCAUCGAAAGCCUGGCCGCAACGCUCGAGGCGCUCGAUGUCGGGACCGGGGGGCGCAAGCGCGAUGCGAUCAAGCGGCCCUGGGAUCGCGCCCGCUACCUGCGAAUGCGUGACGAGGUGCGGACACAUCUCCUGAGAAUAGAUCGCUUAUCUCAGGAGGUCAAGGGCGUGCUUCUGGUUAUUGUGGCAGACUCGCUUGCUCUCACAAGAGACACUGCCGUGCGCACGCACAAACUAGCCGAAGAAGUCAUAGUCCCCGAUAUUAGAGCUACCAAUGCCACGGUCGAGGUGAUAAAGGACAAUCUUGAAUCUGGUCUCGAAGGCGUCCACCAGAAACUCGAUUUUAUCCUCGCUCUUUCUAUCACCCCUCGACAAGACAAGGCCCUCAGCGCCCCGCAACAAGCCUCAGGUUCAACCCCUAGCUCGACGCAUAUCUCGACAGCCCUUGUCGCGACGAGUCACUCCAGCCUCCCGAAUUCCGGUCCCGAAGCUCAAAAUCAUUGGGGCCCGCAAGCAGCCCGGCAGCUUGUACGCUACCCUAGCGCCCUCGCCGAGGCGUGCGAUGUGCUCCAGCCCAUGUACCGCCGCCGGAAACCACGUUGUCGAUGCCGGCACUCAACCACGACCCGCUCCACAGCGGGCGGAAUCUUCCGCUACGAGACGGAGAGCUCAGAACACACGCGCGAGUGCCCAAGAAACGAAUCGAGUUGGUGGCGCUACUCCGUAUCGUUCAUGCUCGCCCCUUUCCUCAACAAGGCCGUCGAGCUCACGCUGGGCGCAACAUCCGGCGCAGGCGGCUGGUCCCUCUCCCCUCCAAUCAGGGUCAUACCCAGGAACCCGAUGGUUUCCACGUACAGCCCGCUCAUCCACGGAACCUAA